UCACUUUCUCCAAUUCUUCAUAUCUCUUAUAUCUAACACUUGUCCUUCUCUCUUUCUCUUUCUCUUCAUUUCUCUUUUAUUUGCUCCUUUCUUGCUAUAUAUGUUUUUUCCCCCAUUUCCACUUUUGGUUUCAUUACAUUUUCCUUAGUUUUCCCAUCAGAUCAUUAGCUUAGGUUCUUAACACACUCACCAUUCACAUAUUCACUACUCAUCUUCAACUCAAACUAAAGAUGUCUAGCAGAAGGUCCAGGCAGUCUGCUGGUGUUCCAAGAAUCACUGAUGAUCAGAUAAUUGAACUUGUCUCCAAGUUACGCCAACUUCUCCCCGAGAUUCGUGAUAGGCGCACCGAUAAGGUAUCAGCUUCCAAGGUCCUACAAGAGACCUGCAACUACAUCAGGAGCUUGCACAGGGAGGUUGAUGACUUGAGUGAGAGAUUGUCCCAGCUUUUGGCUACAAUUGAUGCUGAUAGUCCUGAAGCUGCCAUAAUAAGGAGUUUAAUCAUGUAAUUAGACCCUUUGAAAUUACUUAACCAAUUAUUAUAUUUAUAUCAAUAGAUAUAUAAAUAUAUAUAUUUAAAUAUUCUUAUUUUUAAGUUGUUAGAAGAGAGUUUGAUCACUAGGAGCAGAUCAAACAGAGGGAGGUAGAAGCUAUUUUAAGAAAAGAUGCCAUGUGGGUAGGCAGCAAUGUAAUUAUAUAUAUUGUAUAAUAAGAGGAUUUGCACUAGCAAAGCCUAUUAUAUUAUAUUAAUUAUGAAUUAAUCUAUUUAAUUUUGGUUGUCA